ACGGGCCGCACUCGCCCUCCAUGCCGCCCUACCGCGUGCAGCGCCACGCCGCCAACGUCCGGGAGCGGCGGCGCAUGCAGAGGUCGGGUCCCGACAGACCGCCCGUCAAAAUCAGCAUCAACUCUGCGUUCGACGAGCUGCGCGUGCACGUGCCCACGUUCCCCUACGAGAAGCGCCUGUCCAAGAUCGACACGCUGCGCCUGGCCAUCGCCUACAUCGCGCUGCUGCGGGAGCUGCUGACCGCCGAGUGCGACCCGCUCACCUACGUGGAGCGCACCCUUCGCGGCGGCACGGACAGCCGUGCCGAGUGGAACACGAGCGAUCUGACCGCUCGCCUAUCGUGGAUCAACUGGGAGAACCUCGGCGUGCAUCCCAAUAGGAGGAGCGUCCUCACCAGCCUAGCUCUAUCCCCGGACAGUGUGACGACCUAAACGCCGGGCGGGGCGGCCACGCCUCGUCCACGCCCCGAGCCUCCCUCUGCACCCCGUCAACAAGUACAAAGCCAAUGUUACCGCAUCGAGGCAAAGCGUCCGCCGUGCACACGAGUGCACGUUUCAAACGCCUGUGCUGUUGUUAUUGUAAUUGUUAUUUUUAUUUGUUGAAAAUUUUUGUUGGUUUCCUUUUGUAAAUAAACUAACGUUUGUAAAAUAAA